CGCAGGCCCCGGGGGUCCAACAUGGCGGUGAUAGGGGGUGCGGUGGGCGGGGUCAUCCUCGUGGUGCUCGUGGCGGGAAUUAUCUUUGUCGUGCUCCGACGCAAACGACUGCAGAAGCCAGGUGGUGCUCCUCGAAACGAGGGCCAACAAGAGAUAAAUCCAUACGACAUCACAGACCACCGUACGUCCGCGACUAACGAGGGGAAUGGGGCCGAGGACGAGGGUCCGACCUAUGCUGUCGUCGACAAGACGAAGAAGAAGAAGAAGAAGAAAAAAGCGCAAGAUGACAUUCCUUUGUACGCUGAGGUCGACAAAACUAAGAAGCGGAAGCCCGGGGAGAUCGUGUAUGCGGAGUUAGCAGACUUCAACUCCGUCAUGGACGAGGCAGCUGCCUCUGCCACGAAACCCGCUGCCUACCAGGAAACCGCCUACGCUGACAUCACCGAGUUCCAGAAAGCAGAGGACCCCACCUAUGCUAACGUUCCUGGCCAACAGGAAGUUACCUAUGGCAACAUACAGAGCAUGUAAAUUACCAGGAAGUCACGGCGGACAGGGAAGUGAUACUAAACAGAAACACAAUAAAUCAACAUCAUUAUUAGGCCAGGAAACUACCCCUAGACUGUGGUGGAAAUACCAUCAAACCCGAAAACUACCUGUAGAGGCUAGAGAACUAUUUCACAAGACAAAAGAACUAGAGCAUAGCACUACCACUAGACCAGAAAAUACCACUAAACCCGGAAACCUCCACUAACCUGGAAACUAUCUCUAGAAACAAGAGAACUAUACCACUAGAC